CAUUCCUACACUGGCUUGGCACAAGAGGCAGGGAGAGAAGGAAAAGAAGGUGAAAAGCUUCAGAGGAGAUCAAGGUGCUGUAGAGAAAUAUCUUUCAGUGGGACCAGACAGACAGAGGAAAUCACUUUGCAAGACAGAGAAAAGACUCUCGGGUGAGCAUGAUGACCUUUGAGCAGCAGGGCCAGUCAGCAGCACUUUGUGGGCCCCAGGUCCCCAACAUGGGGCAGGAGCCCUCCGAACUCAGCCUCUACAGUGACAGCUACUACACCCCUCCAUCUCUGCCCAGCCCCCAGCAGGUCGCUCCUUCUACCUACGACCUGGGGGACUAUGGCACCCCUCCUUUGAACCCCUACCUGUGGUUCAAUGAGCUGGGACUCAACAGCUCCCCUUAUCUUGGUGGGGGUGCAGGAGCAGCUGGUGCUCCCUAUGCGCCCCCGCACUUUAGCAUGCAGAGGCCAUAUCUGGGCAGCAGCGGGCCAGGGCCCAGAGGAGCCGACCUGGGCUGGUUCUCCCUGCCCUCGCAGGAGGAGCUGAUGAAGCUGGUCAGGCCGCCAUACUCCUACUCCGCCCUCAUCGCCAUGGCGAUCCACGGGGCCCCCGACCACCGUAUCACGCUCAGUCAGAUCUACCAGUACGUGGCCGACAACUUCCCUUUCUACAACAAGAGCAAGGCCGGCUGGCAGAACUCCAUCCGCCACAACCUCUCCCUCAAUGACUGCUUCAAGAAAGUGCCACGUGACGAGGACGAUCCAGGCAAGGGUAACUACUGGACCCUAGACCCCAACUGCGAAAAGAUGUUUGACAACGGCAACUUCCGUCGCAAGAGGAAGAGGAAGUCCGACUCCUUGGCUGCUGAGGGUGGGGAAGGAGGUUCUCUAGCUGCUGAUUCGGGGGAGGGGAGUAGAGGAAGCAGCCCCAAACACCCCAAUAACUCCUCCAACACCCCAGAAAGAGGUCCCUCCCCUAUCCCCUCAGGCCCCUCCCCCUGCCUGAGCAGGUUCCUGUCAGAGAUGUCUGGAGUGGCAACAGGGGUGGCCAGUUUGAGUGGGGACCCCCUGAGCCAACCGCUGCCCCUGGGCCUACCAGUGGAGGGGUCCCUGGGGGCCACACAAAGCGGGGGCUUCAGCUCAUACUCCUCUGAUGCCACAGUGCCGCAGUGGGCCAGCCCCCUGCCGCCACCACCUGCUCUGCCGUCCUCGCCCUCCCCCUCCCCCUCUGCGGGUGGGUACAGUGGCUCCUUGCUCGGGCAGUUCGGCAGCGAUUUCUACCCCCUGCUGGACUCGGCUGGGGUGCUCUACCCCCGGGACGGCACCGAGGUGUGAAGUGAUGGCAUGAAUACAAGGACCAGGGGACGGGUCCUUUGAGCUGCAUGAAGGCUUUCACUGACACAGAGUGCAAUGUGCCCCAGCAGAGAGUGAGGAAGAAAGAGCGGACCAGCCUGCCUGCAGGGCAGAAGCCAGCUCUCACAGGAGGGCCUGACUCAGCAAGUGAAAACGGCAGGCAGACGCUCCCACGUUCACAGUGCAAACACUCACACUCGCUGAUCUCAGGCCAGCCGCUGACAUCACCUCAACUGAGACAAGAAUCCCAACCGCCUCCUCCCCCCUGCAAUGGGCACUGCUGUCACUCACCAGACAACCACAAGGUCCAACAGCUUUUGACUUUGUGCACUUGCAGAAUUUUUGGUCAUCUACUUGUGGCCUGACCUCAAUAUCAAUUAGUGAAGUGUAAUGAAAGGUUGUUCAAGAAUGGUAGCAUGAUUAGUUUUGAUUAGGUUAUUUAUGAAGUGUUUUUUUUUUAUUAUCUUGUCAGGCUGUAAUAUAUUUAAACUGAAAUGCUGUCAGGGUGUUUAUGGCAUGGCUGUAGGGAUAAAUUGGAGU